CACCACGCAAGUCAUGCAUUACCAAUACUAGUUCUCGAUAUAUUGUUUAUUAAGUGAAACAAUUAGCCUAGUUACAAUUAGUAUAAAUACCCAUCAUUACUAGCACAAUUCAACCAUCAUCUUCAGAAUUAUAAACUCCUUUUUCUCAUUCAUACUCACUACAUUUCACCUUAAAUAGCCCUUGUUGACAUGGCUUCCAAAAGUCAGGCCUCAAUUACCCUUUUAUUAUCCCUCAAUCUCCUCUUCUUUGCUCUUGUAACUGGAACAGAUAAUUGUGGCACUUGUGGAAAUGGUGGUGGCUCGGGUAACGGUGGUGGGGGAUCAGGACAAGGGAAGUGUCCAAGAGAUGCUUUGAAACUUGGAGUAUGUGCUAAUGUACUUAAUUUGGUGAAUGUAAUAGUGGGGUCUCCUCCAACUUUGCCAUGCUGCAGUUUGAUUCAGGGACUGGUGGAUCUAGAGGCGGCAGUUUGCUUGUGCACAGCCAUAAGAGCAAAUGUGUUGGGAAUAAAUUUGAAUGUGCCACUCUCUUUAAGCCUCGUACUCAACAGCUGUGGAAGGAAUCCUCCUAAUGGCUUCACUUGUUGAACAGAACGUGAUUGAUAUCUACUUAUCUUUUAUCGAAUUUCUUAUCUUGUUAGUGUGAUCAUAAAUGCUUGCCAAUGGCUAGCUAGUUCAGGCAUCAAUUUGAUUUGUUUUGGUGGAAUUAUUUUGGAUGACCUUUCGUUCAGUUCAGAAUAAGUGAGCUUUGCAUAUAUAUAUAUAUGCAGCUUCAUCACUUCAGUUUACAUACUUCUAUCAUGUAGUCAACUGUCUUUUACGUUAAUGAAAGUGUUU